UGGCUUACGGGUGUGGCUUGCUCUAUCCCGGCGCUCUCAUUGGGCGAUCUCAACAGUCGGGGGUGGGUCCGCGCCGGGGGCCCGGGGAGGACAACAAAGGGCGGUGGGCGGCGGGCCGCAGCGUCCGCGUCUUCCGGUGGUCUCGUCAGGCCCGGCGCCGGCGUCGCGCCCGCCCGCUCCAGAUGAAGUGUGAGCACUGCACGCGGAAGGAAUGUAUUAAAAAAACAAAAACCGACGACCAAGAGAAUGUGUCGGAGGAGGCACCGAGUCCGGCCCCGGCAAAUGGAGAGAAGGGAGAAUUCCAUAAAUUGGCCGAUGCCAAGAUAUUUCUGAGUGACUGCCUGGCAUGUGACAGCUGCCUGACUACAGAGGAGGGAGUCCAGCUUUCCCAGCAGAAUGCCAAGGACUUCUUCCGUGUUCUGAACCUUAAUAAGAAAUGUGAUACCUCAAAGCACAAAGUGCUGGUAGUGUCUGUGUGUCCUCAAUCUUUGCCUUAUUUUGCUGCUAAAUUCAAUCUCAGUGUAACUGAUGCAUCCAGAAGGCUCUGUGGCUUCCUCAAAAGUCUUGGCUGGGUCCGGUACGCGGAGCGGGUGCUGGGCCGCCCUGUCACCCCCCACCUCUGCACUGCCAAGUCCCCGCAGCAGGUCAUGGGCUCUUUGGUGAAGGAUUAUUUUGCCCGACAGCAGAACCUGUCUCCAGAGAAGAUCUUCCAUGUCAUUGUGGCCCCUUGCUACGACAGGAAGCUGGAGGCCCUUCGAGAAGGCUUUUCCUCUGCUUCACACAGUUCCCGGGGUGCUGACUGUGUGUUAACGUCAGGUGAAAUUGCUCAAAUAAUGGAGCAAAGUGACCUCUCAGUGCAAGAUGCCACCGUCGACAUUCUGUUUGGAGACUUGGAGGAGGAAAAGGUGACGCGCCAUGACGGAGCCAGCUCGGACGGGCACCUGGCGCAUGUCUUCAGACACGCGGCCAAGGAGCUGUUCAACGAGGACGUGGAGGAAGUCACUUACCGAGCCCUGAGAAACAAAGACUUCCAAGAGGUCACCCUUGAAAAGAACGGGGAGGUUUUGCUACGCUUUGCCGCUGCGUACGGCUUCCGGAACAUCCAGAACAUGAUCCUGAAGCUCAAGAAGGGCGCGUUGCCCUACCACUUCGUGGAGGUCCUCGCGUGCCCCGGAGGAUGCUUAAACGGCAGAGGCCAAGCCCAGACCCGGGACGGCCGUGUGGACAAGGCCCUGCUGCGGCAGAUGGAAGGCAUCUACUCCGACAUCCCCGUGCGGCCCCCGGAGACCAGCGCGCAUGUGCAGGAGCUGUACCAGCAGUGGCUGGAGGGGGUCGACUCCCCCAAAGCCCAGGAGACGCUGCACACCACGUUCCAGAGCCCCGAGCACUGCGCGCACAGCCUGGACAUCAGGUGGUAAAGAGCCGGGGCAGCCGUCGCUGUGCGGCCAGGGCUGCGCUGUGCGGGAAGAGGGGCUGCUCUGGGUGUGGA